UGGUGCGUUUUAGGAAGGUGUCGUUGCUUAAAAAACUAAAGCUCGUCCUUGAGAUGAACGUCGGUCCGCAUGCCAAUGUCAUAGUCGGCGACUCGGUCUACAAGUGCCAAGUUCUGCAACUUCUCGCCUACAGCACGCUCUUUAAAGACAACGUCCAGCGGAAAGAUUUGUUCAUAUUACCCGAAAAUCUGAUGAGCAAUGAGUGCUUUGAAAUGGUCUACGGCUGGAUGAUUAGUGAUCAGAUAUAUUGUCCCCGCAAACUGUUGCUGGAUCUGUUAGUCGCUGCAGAGCAUCUGCAGUGUCAGUCCUUGGCCGAGGUCGUUUAUAAGUACCUGGACGACCAGAAGCACUACUCGGAACUGAAAGCCUUCGCCUGCUUUUUGGAGGCCCAGCGCAAGGAUAUGAUCAAGAUGGCCGAUAUGAUGCUGUCCAGGGUGGGCAAGUCCUUCCUGGCUCUAGUGUGCAUGAAAGAGUUUUGGAAUAUGGAUAUCAACUGCUUGCGCUAUCUGCUCAGUUCAAAUAACCUGGCUGUGCAAUCCGAGAUUGAGGUUUUCUACUCAGCUCUGUACUGGCUACUGUCAAAGUUCCGGAGGCGCAAAGGGUACAUAGAAAAUGUUCUCAGCUUGGUAAGGUUUCAAAUGAUGCCACCCGGAUUUCUUCUUCUUUGGGCGCAAAAUCUGAAAAAUUUGCAGCCAGAACUUGCUGACCACAUAUGCGUCUGCAUUGGUAAUGCAAUGCUGAAACAAGAGGAACAUCAUGAGGGCAAAUUUGUGCCAGAAUUGCAUGGAAGGGAUAAUCGCAACUGGGUUCGGGAUUCCGAGUGUCCGUAUGAAUAUAUACUGGAUAGAAAAGGCUGCUACGAACUGACCGUUGAAGUAUUCCUAAGAUAUAUGCGGCGUAUUCGGAAAACUCCCGGUACAUUUCACAAUCGCUUAACUAUAGCCAAAGACUAUAAAGUCUUAUCUGCCAGGAAAGAUUAUUGCAUAUAUGUACCUUUGAGUUUCGAAGAGGACUCCCGUUGUUCCUUGGAAACGGAAAAUGAUAAUGAUGGCUUUGUUUUCGAAGACUAUUUCGAUUUCUCUGAUAGUGAUAUGAGCUCUGUUAAUUCUAGUGAAGAUACCUUAAGCAAUUUUAUGACCGAUUCCGAAGAAGAUAGCUCUUCAGAAGAAGAUACGUGUUUUCUCCAACAUUUAAGUUCCGAUACGAGUUUCGUCGAGAAUUCAGAAACUAAUUUCGAAGCGGGUUUCGUAACGGCUUCAGAAACUUAUUCCGAAACGAAUUGCGAAAGUACUUAUGAAUCGGAUUCUUCUCGGGAUUCUUCACGAGAUUCUUCUCAGGAUUCCUCUGAGCAUGCCCCACAGGACCCGUUCCAGGAUUUCUUUCGGGGUUCCUCCCAAGAAAGCUGCGGUGAUUCCGAUGAACCUAGUCCAUCUAUCGCUGAAUGCUUCUGCGCUGAUUCUGAAACAGAUUCCGCUAAAAGUUCCGAAGCAUCUUCCAACCCAGAUUGUAGAACAGAUUCCAACACAGAUUCUUCUGUAGAUCUUUCAUCCGAAAGCAAUAUUUAUAUACCCAACGUAAGCGAUAGUUCCUCAGAUUUUCAGCACGCAAGAAUUAGUUCUAUUGUUAGCCUAUCGGAUGAUUCGUUGGAGUUCUUUUAAAUAAAAACACAUUUCCGCUUA